AUGCCACAUGUAUUAUACCAAUUCGUUCCACGAGGAAAUAAUUAUAGCACCGCGAAUUGCUGGAAUCAAGCACAUCUUGAGGGCCAAACUGUUUAUAUCGCCAAUAGAAACGGGGGAAGGCUCGACAUUAGAGUGUCAACCACUACCCACAUCAAAGUUCUGCAGAAUUACAACAGGACAAAAGCUAAUCGAGCUCGAGCCAUCCGCUAUAAAGAUGCUAGGCUGGAGAAGUUGUUCGGAAAAUCUGUUAAAAAGCAUUUUUAUCGGAUACCUCUCAAGAACAUAAGAGAAAUUGUCAAGCAAGCCACGGAAAAGAGAAGUGAAAGAGUUGCAAGGAGGCAGAAGUUGGAUAUCGCUGAGGGAGCUCGCCUCGCUGCACAUUCUCAUAUUAGACAUCGUCAUAAAAACUACGAAGAGCUUUUGGAAAAGGGCAUCCCAAGAGCCAUGGCACGAUAUCUGGUCGACCAGAGGGUUAACGAAAUUGUCCGUGAGUGGGGAAGCACAAAAGAAAAACUUCUGUCGCCUAACAAGCACCUAAAAUCAAAUUGUGUUGUUAUGGAUCAAGUAUUGUAA